GAGCCGCUGGGACCGACCCCCAUCGCCCGGCCGGCUGCGGUCCUCCGUCCAGCCGGGAAUGAUGUAAGAACUCUCUCCAGUUUGGGAGCACCUCCCUCUUCGUCUGCGGGAGGGUUUUAACUUCGCAGUCUCCUUGGAGACAGUUGAGCAAGUUUCGGGUGUUUUCCGGUGCCAAAGCGGAGGGGCCCGGGAGCUGAAGAUGCACAGGGAGAUUGGAGGUGGAGGCGGAGGGGGGAGAGGCGGCACUGCCAAAGCGGUCAGUGGGUCACGCAUCCUGCACCCGGGGAGCGUCACUUCGGCCGUCACGGGGCAGCCCCGUCCCCGUCCCAUCGCUUCCCCAGCGCGGUGAGAUGCGGCCAGGCGGGGCGUGAGGCAGCGCGGGGGCUCGUCCCCAGGGAAGCCCAGCCGAAAACAUCCCUCGGAGCCGGAGCGAUGCUGAGCCUCAAGCUACCCCGGCUGCUCAGCAUCAACCAAGUGCCUAAGGGGUACCGGGAGCAGGGGAUCCUCUUUGGGUAUCGCCCCCCCAGAAGCUCGGCAGCAGACUGCCUCCUCAGCGUCUUCCAGAUGACGAAUGAGACCCUAAAUAUCUGGACGCAUUUUGUGCCUGCCUGGUACUUCGUGUGGACGCUGGUGGGGCAGCUGCGGGGCCCGGGGGGCCGGGAGGACCCCCACGCCUGGCCGCUCCUCGCCUACCUGCUGACGUGCUGCAUCUACCCCCUCGCCUCCAGCUGCGCCCACACCUUCAGCACCAUGUCCACCCGCGCCCGGCACAUCUGCUACUUCUUCGAUUACGCGGCUCUCAGCAUGUACAGCUUGGGGUCUGCGCUGGCGUACUCGGCGUACAUCUUCCCUGCAGAAUGGGUCGACAGCACGUUCCACCACUGCUACGUCCCCAUCGCGGUGUUUAACACCGUCGUUAGCACCAGUCUGUCCUGCUACUCCAGGUUUCUGGAGGUGGAGCACCCCAGGUUCAGCAAGGCUUCCCGCACGCUGGCCUUUGUGUACCCGUACCUCUUCGACAGCAUCCCUCUCUUCUACAGGUUCUACCUGUGCGCGGCGGAGAGCUGCACGGAGGCUGCCAUCCUGGUCCACUACAAGCACACCAUCUUCGCCUUCCUCACCUGCUUCAUCUUCGCCAGCCACCUGCCCGAGAGACUUGCGCCGGGACACUUUGAUUAUAUAGGGCACAGCCACCAAGUCUUCCACGUCUGUGGGAUCAUCGGGACGCACUUCCAGAUGGAGGCCAUCACGAUGGACAUGGCCGAGCGCCAUGACCGGCUCCUGCCCGCCCCGCUGGUCCCCUCCUCCCUGCAGACCCUCGGGUCCAUGGGCAUCUGCGUGGCCGUGAGCCUGGCUGUCAUCGGGCUCUGCUCGAUGUCCCUGCGCUUCAUGCCGGAGCCUCUGCAGAGAGAAAAACUGCACGGGCAUUAGGCUUCAGGUCUAGAUAGUAUUCAUGCUGCUCCACGGGAGAGACCCUAAACAGUAAGGGUCUGGCAUGGACGAGGAGGAGUUUAUUCACCUACGCUCUCUGAGAAAAUGCUUAUUUAAAAUUUUCUCAGGAGCGAAACAUAUUGCACUGGGUUUUGUACAUAGAGCUUUAAAGCUGGGAACAGGUUAUGAUAUGCUUUUAAUCAAGUUGCUAUUUCACCACAAGAAAUAUUUCAAAUAAUCUUAACUUUUUUUCUGCAAAAGGGAGAUAAGUGCUAAUACUUUCCAAAGCAAUAGGCAUUCAUCAGGUCUGCCUUACGGAGGAAUCGGGGGGGGCGAGUGAACGUGGGUAACACUGGUCCGCUGGUGGCACAGAUGUCCUUGUCAUCAGCUCAGACCGAUAGCCAGGACUCCUUGGUGAAGGCACGAGCAAGGGCGCUCCCAGGGGCUCCUUAACUAAGGUUUUCACCUUGAAAGUGGCAUUAUUUAGGGGAUUAAAACCUCAGAGAUCCGUGGUACACUGCCUUACGCUAAACCCAAGUGCCUGACGGAUGUGGGAUUCAGAGAGACUAGAGUUUGCCUGUGUUUUAAAUUCAGCUAUUUUUAAUCGUUACCCAGAAAGACUUACUCUAGAAGAACUCUCCAUGGGACGCUCCUCCAGAAUAGCGGGGGUUUUUUGUCUGAUUCCGGUGCAUAGGUAAGUCCUGGGAAAUUAACUCCCAUGGGAGAGCCGAGCUCCCUCCUUGCCCCAGGACCUCCGUCCUGUACUCCCACCUGGGCUCCUUCUCUAACCUCGUUUGUGGCAUCAAACGUUAACGGAGGGAGAAAUACCCGUGCGGUGACGACAGGGCUUCCUGCCAAGCGCUGUUUUGUACCGAGCGUUUAACAGGGGUGCGAAGCCGCCCACGGGCAGCCGGGCUGUUCAGAAAAGGUGUUUGACACCUUGCUGAGGGUGCUGAGGAAUUCCCGGCUGCCUCGUCGAGGGAUCCUCUCCCCGCGGUUGCUGAGGCAGGACCCUUGGUCUGAGGGAUGACUGAUGCUACAGCCGUCACCUCCGAACCUCUCCCGUUUCUGGUCCCGCUCGCACAGAAUGUUUUUCUUCUUGGGAGUGAGUAGGAUGGGGGUGUCCAGGGAGAAUGAAGCAUCGGCUGAGCAAGAAGCAGGAGCCUGAGCCACGUGGAGAUGCACGCAGUCGGCCGAAAGGCAGGAUGCAGAACAGCUGAGCUGGUAAUGCAGGGGGUCAAACCCACAAACCCGUGUCAUUUUAAGGCAUUUCCAGGGUUGGACCUCUGCUCUCCCAGCAAUCGCCCCGUGCUCCGGCCGCUGCUCCUCGCUUUGCUCUGCUCUGUGGCGGCUGGAUCCUACAAGGGGAAGCGGAGAGCCCUGAGCAGAGCCUGGAGGUACCAGCCUGGUGCGGGCGGGGGGGAGGCAGCUCGUGGGGAGGGCUCGACUGGGGGCUCCGGCCACCGAGGCUCUCACGCUGGAUUUGCCUAAUACCACGCGGGAGGUAUAGGAACGCGCGAUGCAAAGAUUACUGCUAGGGAAUGUUAUCAAGCUUCUUGAUAAUCAUACGGGUGUGUAAUUUGUUUUGUGUAUAAUUACCUCUCUCAAGGUAUAAUUGAUGCACUUUUGAGUGACAAUACAACGGCUCGUUAAAUAUAUUAUGGGACAAAUAAGUCUUUUGAAAAAUAGCUUUCUUUUGAAAGCUGACCAAGAUUUAUAUUAAUAUUUAUAAGCACUGGAACACAAUUGUUUAUUCAACAGUUUUAUUUCAUUAAAAAGAAAACUAAUAUAACUAUCGCACUGAUACACGCUAACCUGAUUUGUAUAGUUUCAUAAAAGUACUGUCUGUGAAAAUGAAUCACUUCAGAGAUAAUUGCUGAUAAUUGCAAAGCUUAUUUACCUUGUGUACUCGCGUGACUGGAAAGGAAUCUGGCUCUGCGCGCAAGACACGAUUUAAGGGUCUGUAAAAUUUACAUGAAUCAUUAUACAUUUUUUCUUGGUUGUUUAACUUUUGAGUUUGGGAAGUCCGCUUGUCCUCUUCAGGUGAAAUUAUCUGUAGGAAAACCGCAUUAAAAAAUGUAACACCGUAUUAUACACUACCCUAAUCCCUCUGGAUCCUGUAGUGCUUUGCACAGACCCGUAGUCUGGUACGUACUUCACACACUAAACCAGUCAAUGUUUGAUCUUGAAGUAGCACAGCUCAGCCAGAUUUCUUGUUCAGCUGGAGACAGGCCUUCAAAAAGCUAUUCAAUGAUGUACUAAAUUUUAGUCACGUAAAUAAAAACUCUGCAUCAAAUUGUUACGAGUAAAUAAUACAGGAUAGUUAUUUGCUG